GGCCAUUGUCCACUUCCAUGAUGAUUCCGGAAAUGUAUACCUGUAUACCUCAAAACAAAGUGGUGGACUAUAAGGAGAUUUGCCAAGAAAGAUUAUUCAGGAUUUGAGCCAAAGAGUUGCUUGGGGAUAUGGCAACGGGUUCAGGCAGUGGUUUAGGUGGAGGUUGGGAGAGAAGCAGAUGGGACAAACGAUGUUUAUACAUGUCAUGGACUAUGUAUACUACAUGGUAAAGGGAUACUUCAACCCUCCAAAAGUGAUCCCUGAAGUCCUGGAACUGAAAUGCUUUUGCCAUCAUGGUUAAUUAGCGGGUGUUCUACCACUGGCGUUCACGAUCAGGUAUAAGAUAUGGAGGUUGUGCAACCAACCAUGGGCAAAACCCGAUAGGUCUUCCGUCCAUCAAAUAGAAAGGUCUUCGAACAACGCAGGCAUCGUCCCCACAGUGUGGCGCUACAGGGGCCCUCGGGGGAUCCGGGACGCAGUGAUGUGCUGGUCCAAGAGUUGCUUGUGAGAUUCGUUCACCUGCAUUUGGUGCCGUUUGCCUUCAACUUCCACGAUGAUUUGGAGCCAUGCGCCACCUGGCCUGAACCUGAGAGAUGCCCAACAUGAGUUCUACAGCAAUACCGGAGGGACAGAGCCAGCAUCAUCAUCAACACCACGAACAGCACCGUCCACCUCAUCCAAAGUAUGCUUGAAUCAUUACAACUAUAGUCGCAUUGACUUGCACCCACCAAAUCACAGGAAUAGCAGCAAAUCCAGCUCCCCUUUCCGCUCCUGGUGCUAUGGCGUAUCGAAGCCGCAGUCCUGCAAGGGAGUCUCCAAGACAACCCGCUCCAUGGUCCGUACCCCCUCAGCAGCCCACCCCUGCGGCCGACCCCUACGCAGCCCACUACCACUACGAUGACCGUGGUGCUUAUGGCUAUCCGGCAUACCCGCCGCCAGGUGGAGCUGAUCCAUACUAUGAUCCAUACAGGCAAUACCCACCACCAGGCUAUGGCUACUAUCCACCCCCACACUACCCACCCUAUGGCUAUCCCCCUCCCCCUCCGGGCCCUGGCUUCCCUGGCUACCCACCUCCACAUUAUCCGCCUCCACAUUAUCCGCCUCCACACGCGCCCCAAGAGCCACGCCCCUCACAGAAGCCGCGCGAGGGGGGGAGGAAGAGGCCUUUGGAGGACCCGGAGAUUCGCUUGAGCCUGGAGGAGGUCUUGCCCAGACUGGUCCAUUAUGCACAGGAACAAGAGGGAAGCCGGUUCCUGCAAUGGAAGCUGGAAAGCUGCAGCAAGGAGGAGCAGUCACGGAUCUUUGAGAAGGCAGCGCCGGCAGCGAGAAAGUUGUCCAAAGAUGCUUUUGGGAACUUUGUGAUUCAAAAGCUGCUGGACAGCUGUUCGCGAGAACAGGCAGCCUCUUUGGUCGCUCAAGUGAAGAGUGGUAUCAUUGACUUGUCCAUGGACAAGUAUGGCUGCCGAGUGGUGCAAAAGUUCUUGGAGACAUUGCGAGAUGAGGAUUGGGAUGAUCUGGUCUCCCAGUUCUUUGACAAAGUCAUCGAUUGCAUUGAAGAUGCCAACGGGAAUCACGUGAUACAAAAAGUUGUGGAGAAUAUGCCCAGCAGUGGACAUAUCAGUUUUGUGAUUCAGGCCGUGGCAAAACGUGCUGAAGACAUGGCUCUACAUCAGUAUGGCUGCAGGAUCAUACAGAGACUGCUGGAGAAUGCUGAGUUAGAGUCGAUUGCAGGGAUAUUGGAUCCCAUUGUGGAGGCCACUGACAAGCUUUCAAAGGACAAGCAUGCCAACUAUGUGAUUCAAUGUAUUUUGGAGCGCGGGAGGUUGCAGGAUAAGAUCCGCAUCGUGAAACUCAUCACGGAGAAAGUCCUGGAGUUUGCAAAGAACAAAGUCUCCAGCAAUGUGGUGGAACGAUGUUUCGAGAUCACCACUGUUGGGCCAGAUGCCUCCAAACUGGUGGAGAAUCGCACGGCUCUCAUGUCAGCCGUUUUAGGCUCCUCUGGCGACACAAGGGCGCCCUUCGCCCAACUCAUGACGGACAAGUUUGGCAACUACACGGCACAACGGAUCAUCGAGUACAGUCGUGGUGAAGACUGGCAGGAGCUCAGACGCCGCGUGGAAGCGGUUCAAGAUGAUCUCAAGAAAUCAGCCACAGGCAAACACAUCCUGACAGCCCUCAACAAGAGGAAGAAGGCAAAUGUGUGAGGGGCCUGUCUCAAGUGCCCAUGAUUGGCGUUCGCACGGAGAAAGAGACACCAGCUUUGCUUGGGCAGCUUCAUCUACAACCUCCAUCCUUAAGACUCAUCCCCCACCCCCCAUCUACAACCUUCAUCC